AUGGAUAGAGGAGGCCAGUUAGGAGACAGCAAAGAUGACCAGGCUUGACUGCUUGGCACUGAAUUACAGAGAAGACGGACAAAGGCCCAUGAGGCUUACAGUUCAACAGACAUUUGCUGAUCUGGCUGUCAGCUGUUGGAAGUCGGUCGGACUGAACACCUUCGUGGUUUUAGAUCCAUACCCGGGUGUAGUGAAUAACACUGAACUUCGGUUCCUAUAACGCCAGCCUGUGUCGAUAGAGCUUGGCUUUGCGGGAUAAAGAACGCACAGCCUCUCAACUGGACAUAAAUGGAUCUAAAGACAGCAGUCUUUAACGCAGCUCGGGAUGGUAAACUCCGGCUCCUCACAAAGUUGUUGGCCAGCAAGUCCAAAGAGGAGGUUUCCUCCUUGAUCUCGGAGAAAACUAAUGGGGCCACGCCGCUCCUGAUGGCAGCCAGGUAUGGGCACCUUGACAUGGUGGAGUUCCUUCUAGAGCAGUGCAGCGCCUCCAUAGAAGUCGGGGGCUCGGUGAAUUUUGAUGGUGAAACCAUUGAGGGGGCACCCCCUUUAUGGGCCGCUUCUGCAGCUGGGCAUCUGAAGGUGGUCCAGUCUUUGUUGAAUCAUGGCGCAUCUGUCAACAACACGACUUUGACCAAUUCCACUCCUCUUCGGGCUGCCUGCUUUGAUGGCCACCUGGAAAUUGUGAAGUACCUUGUAGAACACAAAGCUGACUUGGAAGUCUCGAACCGACACGGGCAUACAUGCUUGAUGAUUUCAUGUUACAAAGGACAUAAAGAGAUUGCUCAGUAUUUACUUGAAAAGGGGGCAGAUGUUAAUCGGAAAAGUGUUAAAGGCAAUACUGCAUUGCAUGAUUGCGCAGAAUCUGGAAGUUUGGACAUAAUGAAGAUGCUUCUUAUGUAUUGUGCCAAGAUGGAAAAGGAUGGCUAUGGAAUGACUCCCCUUCUCUCAGCAAGUGUGACUGGUCACACAAAUAUUGUGGAUUUUCUGACACACCAUGCACAGACUAGCAAGACAGAACGUAUCAAUGCUCUAGAGCUACUGGGAGCUACAUUUGUAGACAAAAAAAGAGAUCUACUUGGAGCUUUGAAAUACUGGAAAAAAGCAAUGAACAUGAGGUACAGUGAUAGGACUAAUAUAAUUAGCAAACCAGUACCACAGACAUUAAUAAUGGCUUAUGAUUAUGCCAAGGAGGUAAACAGCGCAGAAGAACUAGAAGGCCUUAUUGCUGAUCCUGAUGAGAUGAGAAUGCAAGCACUAUUGAUUAGAGAACGAAUUCUUGGUCCUUCUCACCCUGAUACCUCUUACUAUAUUCGGUAUAGAGGGGCUGUCUACGCAGACUCUGGAAAUUUCAAAAGAUGCAUCAACCUGUGGAAAUAUGCUUUGGAUAUGCAGCAGAACAAUUUGGACCCUUUAAGUCCAAUGACUGCCAGUAGCUUAUUAUCUUUUGCAGAACUGUUCUCUUUCAUGCUACAGGAUAGGGCUAAAGGCCUGCUAGGCACUACUGUUACGUUUGAUGAUCUUAUGGGCAUACUGUGCAAAAGCGUCCUCGAAAUAGAGCGAGCUAUCAAGCAAACACAGUGUCCAGCUGACCCUUUGCAGUUAAAUAAGGCGCUCUCCAUCAUUUUGCAUUUAAUUUGCUUGUUAGAAAAAGUUCCUUGUACUGUAGAACAGGACCAUUUCAAAAAGCAGACAAUAUACAGGUUUCUGAAGCUGCACCCGAGGGGUAAGAAUAACUUUAGCCCUCUGCAUCUGGCUGUGGACAAGAAUACUACAUGUGUAGGGCGGUACCCUGUUUGCAAAUUCCCAUCUCUGCAAGUUACUGCGAUACUGAUAGAAUGUGGUGCUGAUGUGAACGUCAGAGACUCCGAUGACAACAGUCCCCUACAUAUUGCUGCUCUGAACAACCAUCCAGACAUCAUGAAUCUUCUUAUUAAAUCAGGUGCACAUUUUGAUGCCACAAACUUGCACAAACAAACUGCUAGUGACUUACUGGAUGAGAAGGAAAUAGCUAAAAAUUUGAUCCAGCCCAUAAAUCAUACCACAUUGCAGUGUCUUGCUGCGCGGGUCAUAGUGAAUCAUAGAAUAUAUUAUAAAGGGCACAUCCCAGAAAAGUUAGAAACCUUUGUUUCACUGCAUAGAUGAUAAGUAUGAGAUGACUGUAUUUUAGCACUGUUAAGGCACGCAUUGGGAACAGUUGUUUCAUAAACGAGCACUGUUGUGAUACCACCAGCAUUCAUUUAGCUUGAUAACAUUGUGCUGUCAUUGGCUAAGCAGUAUAAGCAUCAAACUUAAAGAAUUGGUUUCCCAGUAUUUAAUAUAAAUAUGCCAUAUAAUAUAUUGUUUGUGAAUUAUUGAGAAAUGUAAUAUCGUAUUCAAAUUUCUAAAAUUUUUUGCCAAAGGCUUAUCAUCCAUUCUGGUUUUGUUUGCUGUUGGGUCUUUGGGACUGAGUUAACUGUUUUUAGUGAUGUCUUUAUACUUUACUGGUCAUGGAUUUUAUAUGAGCGAAGAUCUUUCACCCCCCUGCUUCCUUCUCCAGGCUUUGCUCCUGUUUCUAUUUUUGUGGAAUCAUUUCUACUUAACAGUGUUUUCCCCUUACGGACCUUUGCUAGGUUGUACAAACUUAACGGACUUGUUACCAUUUGCAGUUACCAUAAGUGCUUUAUCUUCUCUAUGCACCGGCUUAAACUUGACUGUUGUAUGUUAGCAUAUUUUCUAUGCAGCAGUUAGUCAACAACUCAAAACAGUUUUUUUUGUUUUGUUUCGAAGUUUCUCACAAAGCUCAUUUCAUGAAAGUUCUCUAUAGCAUGAUACUUUUUACACAGGUUAGCUACCUGAGCUCAACAGUUUUUUGGUUUUUUUCUUUCCUUCACAUCUGAGUUUCUUUCUCUGAUCCACAGAAAUUAUUGUGUGUUAAAAUUGGGAAACAAAUCUAUUCUAACUCAUUAAGCCAGUUGAAAUUUAGGUCUGCCAUCUUAAAAUAACAUGCAGUCACAGGAAGAGCCUGUAUAAAGUGACCCACCUUUCAUGCUGCUCCAGCAUUGUCCUGCUUGUGCUGAUGGUGUGAUUAGGUGUAGAGAAUUUGCUUAAAGUUAACCACAAACUGUUAUCUCACAGCUUAAUGAGUCACAUUGAAUACUCAGUAAUGAAGCUGCAAAUCACUUUUAGUUACAAAAAGAGCUAAAGCAUGUCAGUGGCAUGAUGCUUGCCAAAUCAGAUCCAGGAUAAUUAAAAGUAUUUUAGUACGCAAUCUACUGCCAUAGUAUCAACGGUCAGUAACAGUGUUCUUUCUUUCUUCAAGCUUAAGUAUACUUCAAAAAAAUAGCUUGCAUGAAUUACUUUGGUCUCAAUUAUUUGUCACCAUAGUUCAACACAAAGGUUGCACUGCUUCCUAGUUCCUUACUGAAAGUUAGCUUUUUUAAAAACAGCUUUGCUAAUGCCACAGAAAGGGCUCUUUUAACUUAAGUGAAAAGUACUAAAAAGAUUCAGGUAAUUAUUAUUCAGCACUUUAUUGUUAUUCAGAAUAAGAUUUUUGAAGGCAUAUUUUUGCCCUGCAAAUGUCUUAAUGAAGUUGUUCUGAAUAAAAAGCUUCUUAUUGAUUUAAGAUAAAUUCAGUUUACCUGUGAGUUUAAUGAGCUGGAUCACUCACCUGGGCUUUUGUGUUGACACUUUAUUUUGAGUGUUGAUUUAAUGGUAUUUAAGGAGUCAUCAUUGCAAAUAGUCAUGUUAGCGUUUUUUUCAUUUUUAUUCGAUUAAAAUAACUUGUAAUGAAGAGUAGUAAAGUAAAUAAAAGGACAGACAUUUUGGUUCAACAACUGAGGUUUAAUUUCUUUUAAACACUAUCCUUACCCAUUUUACUAGGUUGUAAAUUUAAUUUCCCCAUUGAAAAAGGUGGACUGCGUAUAACAUAGUCACCAAUCUUUUAAUGAAGAAAUUUCAAUAUCUUAUGCACUGUGGGCAUAACAUGAUGAAAUAUCUGAGCUGUCAUGUAUAUUAAGAAUAAUUUGAUUUAGGGAUAGUCUAGAAAUCAAACAUCAAUAUUUUUAAAUCACUUGCUCUAACCUGUGGUAUAUGAAAUAUAUGCACAAGCUACUUUUUCAAAACUAAAAAUAAUGAUUAUGGGGUAAAAGAUGAGCAGUUAAGUGGUUUGAUAUUUGCUCCACUUUGGCAGAGGAAAUGGGGGGAGGGGCUACAUGCUCUUGAAGUAGGCCCUUCUCAUGCUCUUUGCAGGUGAACGGGAUUGUGCAGCUCUAGUCUGAAAGAAGGAUUUCUUUAAAUAGCAGUUUUCCAUCACUGAAAAUUGAUAACUUAAACCUGUUCUUCAAUUUAGAUAACUGAAAUGCCUUAUGUCAGGAUAUGAUUCUCACAUCUCGCUUUGUCAUUUCCCCAAAUGCCACUGGAAGUUCCUGAAAAUUAAGUUAGUUUAACAGCUCAAAAUUGCCUAUGAUUUUAUUUUAAUGGAGAUUGGUUAAUAAAUGUGACCUCAGACACUGAUAAAGCUUUCUUCAGAAAGUAUUCUCAAAAUUAUUGUGAGACUGAAUAAAAGAUUUCAAAUUGUGUUUUUUUUUAAACCACAGACGAGUAAAUUUAAUCCUGAGUUAAUUGUUCUGAUUUGUGUCGAAGUGUAAACUGUAACAUGGUGUUGACGAGUUGUUCUGUAAGUUUUUGAGUACUUGUCCACAAAAAAUAAGCUGUUGAGACCUGCUGAAUAUUAAAUCUUCCACUGUUGAACAUUUUCAGUUUUUAAAAAAAGGUCAUUUCACUCAGAUUGGAUGCCAGUCUACUCUAUAUAAAGACUGUAGAUUUUAAAAUGCUCAUUUUCUAAUGUAUUAAUCUGACAGGGAUAUAAGCCCAUAUCAGGCAAAAGAUAAUUUAAUGCCCUUUGUGAUUUUGAAGUUAAGCAGUUGCUCACCAGUAAAGUGAUAUUUAAUGUGUGUAAUAUUUUAGAAAUCCCUCCCCAUGUACUGUGAUUUGGAACAAAUGUUGAGAUUAUAUUUGAAAAGUAGCUCUUUCAAAUCAUUGCCCAGCAGAAACUUUAGGCUGAUUUUACAAAUACAAUAAUCCUUAUAAUUUAUUUUCUCAGACUUUUGUGGGCCAGGUGAGAUAAUAGCCAUAUUCUUGUGCACUGAACAGCAGCAUUAUGCUUAAACUUUAACCAUUCUAGCGUCAGCUAGUAAGGAAACGAAAAUCAAUUGGUUCUCUCUUUCCUCUUCCUUUUGCCCUCAUGUAUCACUAAACAGCUAGUUUCUCUCCCUUUGUCAGUUCCCAUUGUGUGUUUAUCAGAAGAAGUACUGUAUUCAGAUGCCAGCCAAUGAAUUGUCACACAAUGGAAAAUGAUAAUGCCACAACAUUCAGUGUAAGGUUUAAUAAAAUUAAAUUUGCACCAAA